AUGGCAUUGCGACUGACACUGAAAGUGUCUUCAAUUGGGUCACCUUUUCUGCAGUUAGGUUCUUCGGCAACUUCUUUCUCAUUCUCACAAACAUGCUCUGUUUCAAAACUGGGUUUUCAGCCCCUAUGCUUGCAACGCAUGAAAAAUCCAUCUCGAACAAGGUUCUUCGUUCGGGCUUGUAGAACCGAGUCCAAAGGUGUUAGCUUGGGCUUCAGGGCCCCGCAAUUUGAGCUUCCGGAACCCCUUACCGGGAAGGUUUGGACAUUGGAAGAUGUUGAAGAAUAUCCAGCUCUACUGGUUAUGUUUAUAUGCAACCACUGUCCAUUCGUUAAGCACCUGAAAAAAGGCAUUGCAAAGCUUACAAAAUUCUAUAUGGAGAAAGGGCUUGCUGUCAUUGCUAUAUCUUCGAAUUCCGUAGCCACACACCCCCAGGAUGGUCCAGAAUUCAUGGCAGAAGAUGCUAAACUGUUUAAAUAUCCUUUCCCAUACCUAUAUGAUGAGUCGCAGGAUGUUGCACAGGAUUUUGGAGCAGUUUGUACUCCAGAAUUUUUCCUUUUCAAAAAGACUGGUCGAAGGCCAUUUGAUCUGGUUUAUCAUGGUCAAUUUGAUGAUUCACGGCCAAGUAAUAAUGUACCAGUCACUGGAAGAGACUUGAGUUUGGCAAUAGAUCGUGUUCUUAGUGGCCAACCGGUACCAUCAGUGCAAAAACCUAGUGUUGGAUGCAGCAUAAAGUGGCACCCAGGGAAGAAGUUUUGA